AUGAACGGAGAUCAUUCUCUCGUUUUAUCGUCAAAACAACAAAAGUCUUUACGGCUUGACGCCUUCGCAACGAGAUUAGCGAAGGACAAUCUUGCCAAAAUAUCAGCGAAUGGUUGCAUUGACAGUUCUGAAAACGGAGAAAUGAAGAUGCUUGAAACCAAGUUAGAAACCCGAAUGUGUAUCGAAUGCGGUAGUGGCUUCUUGGGUGGUGGAGCUACGGAAGUAUGCGAUACAUGUUCUGGGGUUGGUGGAGCAAUGCAAAUGGGAGUAGGACUUGUUUGUCCAUUGUGUUCUGGGGUUGUACUCAGCCACAACGCUGCACGGGUCUGCACAUCGUGCAAAAAGUGAGU